CGUCUGUCAGACACUUUUCAGGGCGUAGCCACUUACCGCAGCUGUCAGAUUCUGGAGGAGAGCUCCUCACACAAACGGCGAAAACAGGUUUGCUCAAGCAGCAAGCCAGAUGAAUCUCGGACAUAUCUGAGCAGAGAUGGUCCUCUAAGUGACAGAGCAUGCACCUAGCUAGCGCUAACGGUCAGCUGGGAGUGACAAUGGUGGCGUGAUGGAAAGAGUUCUGAUAUUCCCCGGCCAUCACCUGAAUAUCCUGAACCAUCCUCAUCAUUCUGUCACCAUGGAGACUGCCAGCAAGUAUGUGCUGAUCCACGGGAAGAACAUAUCCCACAGUACCCUCGUGGGCUCUGCUGCGGUGCCCCACAUGUCCAUCGACAAGCUUUUCCCAGCUCUCCUUGAGUGCUUUGGGAUCAUAUUGUGUGGCUACAUAGCUGGCAGGGCAGAUAUCAUCACAGAGAGCCAGGCAAAGGGUUUGGGGAACUUCGUGUCAAAGUUUGCUCUUCCAGCUCUGCUCUUCAAAAACAUGGUGCUGUUAGACUUUGGAGAUGUCAUCUGGGUGUUUCUCUGGAGUGUCCUGGUCGCUAAGGUGACGGUGUUUGUGCUGGUAUGUGUGCUCACUCUGAUGGUGGCCAGUCCAGACAGCAGAUACAGCAAGGCUGGCCUGUACGCCAUCUUUGCUACACAAAGCAAUGACUUUGCCUUAGGAUACCCCAUAGUUGAUGCUUUGUAUCGGAGCACAUAUCCAGAGUACCUCCAGUACAUCUAUCUCGUUGCCCCAGUCUCCCUCAUGCUCCUCAAUCCCAUCGGCUUUGCUCUUUGUGAGGUUCAGAAGUGGAGGCAGGCCAGCCAUUCACAGCGCAGCACUCUUGGCAUCGUGGGAGUUGUGAUCAUACAGGUGUUGAAGAACCCAGUUGUAUUCAUGGUGAUAGUAGGAAUCAUUGCCCACUUUGUGCUAGGCCAGCAGAUCCCUGCUGUUCUGUCAGAGUUCAUAGAUGGCCUGGCUAACUCCUUUGGAGGGACAGCCUUGUUUUACCUCGGCCUCACUAUGGUCGGCCAGCUCAGAAAACUAACCAGAGACACCGGAGUUGCCUUGAUUCUCCUCAUCACAGCCAAACUCCUGGUGAUGCCGCUGGUCUGUAAAGACAUGGUGGAUAUUCUGGAUGUUGGAGUCAACAGCACGAGUGCCAACCACACCAGUUUGUCUAACUUUGCUUUCCUGUAUGGAGUCUUCCCAACCGCACCAAGUGUGGCCAUCUACGCUGGACACUACAACAUGGAGCUUGAGGUGGUAACAUCAGGGAUGGUGAUCAGUACGUUCCUGUCUGCACCGAUCAUGUACGUGUCGGCCUGGUUGUUAACAAUUCCUCUAAUGGACCCCACCCCCCUGGUGACAGAACUUGAAAACGUUAGCUUCAACAUCAGCAUCGUCAGCCUUGUAGCAUUAGUGUGGACCAUUGUGGUGAUGUUACUAAGCAGGAAGUUUAACAGAAUUCCUCACCUCUUUGCCUUAAAUCUUUUCCUGGCUCAGUUUUUGGUUUGUGUCAGCAUGAUCCUGUGGAACUUCUUGGUGAAAAAUGAUGAUAAUCUCCUCGGCAAAAUUCUCACUUUCGCUCUGCUCUAUGGGUCUCUUUACAGCACCUACAUUUGGAGUGGUUUAAUCCCUCUCUGUCUGGCUCUGACUAACAGAGAUGAUCUGCUGAGACUGCGACCAGGAGUGUUCAUGAUUUUGGGUUGGGGAGUUCCCUUCCUGAUGGUCGGAGGUCUUCUUAUGUCAGGAGACAGGACUGAUACCAUAGACUCGGCCUUCCUCUAUGGCAGAGCUCAGAUAAUCACCACAGCAGUGGUGCUUGCAGUCAGCCUGCUGCUUGGUGCAAUAUCUCUGAUGGGUCUCAGCCAGGGAGACAGGGAGCAGAGAGGCUACCAGGCCCUGAGCAGAGCUGCUGUGACAGGCAUCAGUGAUGAUCUUAGGGCCCCUGGUGGCCUGGAUGAUUCACAACAACAACAGCCACAGGUGGCCAAUUCGCCCGCCUGCAGCAUCAACUCAGACCCCCACAGUUUCUCACCUCUCCAGACUUUACCUGACAUGAUAGCCAGUACGCAGAGGGAGCAGCCGAACAGCACAGGCCACAGUGGGGCGCUGUGUGAUGGGCAGCAGCAGGGAUCUUCCUCUUCUGAGCAGCCACUGAACCUGCCACCACCUGGUCCACAAACCACUGAUGACAAACAGACAGUCAGGCACGUCCUGCUCUGUCUGCUGCUCUUUGUCAGCCUGCUUGCGGUGAGGCUUGAACACUCACUAACUGUGUGUAACCUGUCCAGCUGUCUGUGGUGGUUGUUCAACAAAGAUCCAGGAAGACUUUACCUUGAACUACAGUUUUUCUGCGCUGUGGCAAACUACGGGCAGGGUUUCCUGUCCUUUGGGAUCUUUGGUCUGGACAGACACCUCAUCAUCCUGCCUUUUAAAAAGAGGUUGCUCGGACUGUGGCAGGGCAGGGACAGCCAGGAUUUGAGUCCCUCAGGUGUACCAGAGGAGGUCAGGCUCACCUGUACCCAGUUUGUCCGCUACCACAAAGACCAGUGUGUACAAGACAUAGUACACACACGCAGGUUCGGAGGAGAACAGGAGGAGGAGGAGGCUUUGAGACAUUUCCCCUCCCACCAGCCCCAACACCUACACCCUGAUGCACAUCCUCAGGAGCAACUAAACCUCGAGGUGCACCAAACUCACAAUCUAGAUGAAUCCUGUGGCCAGUAUUCGCUUCAGUCCCGACCCCGUCUUGAGUCUGAGAAUGAACACCAAGCUCAUAUUUCCAACUCUGAUAUCCAAGAGGAGCAGGUUUCCCAGCUCCAGUCCAACGAAGCUCAUCACCGACACCAGCAUGCUUCAAGCCCCCCCCGCCAACUUCCCCAUCCCCAUUUAGAGAGUGUGUUUCGGGGUAGUGACUUGGUGGACUGGCUUGUGGAGCGGGGCUUGUGCCCUGGACGAGCCGAGGCCCAACUGUAUGCCGUUCGACUUCAGUUGGGGGGAGUGUUAGGUCACCUGACAGGUUGGCACAGCUUCAGGGAUGAACCCACCCUGCUGUACCACUUCACGCAGGUGAGAGAGAGAGGGAGGGGGGACGGAUGCUCCCAGAACAUGUGAGAGAAAAUGAGGAGAAAGGAGGCGGCAGGAGGACGGUAGGGAGGAGGAGGGGAGAGAAAUGAGACAGAAUAGGAGAAGGUACCAAGCGGCAGUCACCAUGGAUGAUUGCCAAAGAACAAGCAGAAGUGCCUUAUGGUGCAGUUUUUCUAAUGACCACUAGAUGGCAGCUCUGGAAAAGCGAAUUGUAUUGAAGUAAAUGAAACAUAUCCUACAAAAAGCCACUGAGGAGAAUCUAACUUCUCCAUUGCUAGUUUAACCUCUUGUAGUAUAUGUGUGGCAGUUUAGACAGAUUUGUUCCAGAUUGAUAUUAAGAUAAGUGUUGUAUCUGAAGGUGUUUGCUACAGGUUUCUUAGGCUGUUUGUGGUGGUUGCUGCCUGUUAGACCUCAAGAAGAUUUGAAAAUAUUUGGCUCAUGCGACUAAGAGGCUUCAUUAAGAACAUCCGUGAGAAAUUUACAGGUGAUAUGAGAGCUAAAGAAAAGUGAUGACUGGGGUUGAGGAGAAAGAAGCGGAAACAAGCGCUCCCUGCUGGAAGUCUUCCUCAUUCCUUUUUGUUAAAGACCUUUGGUUAAAAUAUUUUCACCGCUCUUAACUGAGUUGGCUUUGAUUGUCACUUCAGGGUCACCUUCAGAUGUCAGAAAAGUGAUUUUUCAUCUUAUGGAUUUCUGUGAGCCAGUGAACUCACAUUUUCAUUGUGUGAAAGACAAAUAAGCUUUGUUUUCAGGACAAGUUGCCAUUCAUUUGCCUGUAGUCCUCAGAUAUUGUAUUAUUUAUGUGCGUGCAAGUGACUGGACCAGUAAACUGAUACUUUUUGCUCUUAGCCAAUGAGCUGCAGGACUGCUCACUGAAAGCCAGUGAUGUUUCCACCUGCUCGUUCUGUUUUAUGUCGGCACGUUUUCUUUCAGAUGAAAGAAUUUGCCUGUUAUUUCAGUAUUUGGUAUUUUGCACGCUGUGUCUUUUAGCCACUCUGGUCUUCGCAUGACUCUGAGCAGCACAGACUUCUGCUUAGCACUGAACCUUUUGCACUGACGGAAUCACAACAUCUUUCUCUUUUUGAAAUUAUGCAACACACUGGAUAUUUGUCUCGUGAUGAUGCUGCAGCGGGGGUUUGUUAUCUUUGCAUUGUGUAAUUGUGUUGCUGCUGUCGAUGUGGAACAUUUUUUGGGGAUGAAUUGUGGUCACGUCACUGAAUGCAAUGCAUUUUGAGCCCGGGCUGAACAUUGAGCCAUCUUUGCUACUUUUUUGGUUGCCUGGUCCCAAAAAUGAUUUUCUUAAACCCUCAAGCACUCAGAAUAUUGUAGUUAGAUGACAACUUUGAUAAGAUUUAUACUCACAAUUGCAGGCCUAAACUAGCUUAUAUUGUAUGCAAAGCUGACUUGGAUGAUGUUUACAGAUCGUUCGGCUCCCAGUAACUACACUACAACUAAUCUUUCACCUGUUCAGUUGCUGCUGAUUGGUGAUAUUGUGACCAAGAAGUUUACAGUGUGUUGGCAGGGCUGCAGAAGGCGUCUGGAUGGUGAUAUAUGUACAUAUGAGCUGAGACAAAGACCACGCUAAUGUCAGACUGAUGCUGCGAUUUGAGAUUUAGCAGUGAAACCUGAGGAUGGCAAAGUCGACCCCCUGACCUUUCCCCCUGAAGAAUCAUGUCCAAAGACAGGAUGUUCUUGUGGAUCCCCUUUCUUCACCACAAUCCUCCCAGAAUCUGUGGGCAUAUACAUCAAUCUGCAUGUCUUCUGCCAACUGACACAACAUUUAGGUUCAUGCGAUUUGCGCCAGGUGCUCAUGUUUACCGAGUUGUUAAAAUGAGUGCCUGCCUGUGAAUGUGAAGGGGUGUGUGUGUUCGUGUGUGUGUUUGUGUUUAUGUUUAUUUGCAUGAACAAAAUGUCUUUGAGCUUCUGUGUGAUGUGUGGGAAAGAGUUGGAGAGCACUGAGAGAGUAGAGAUUUUAACGUGAGGUCUAACUGUGGAUGUUUUGUUUUAAGUGUGUUGCUGUAAACCAAUCAGGGUCCAUGACUGUGUGACCGUAAGAAAUGCACAAAUAAAACUACGCAAAACUA